AGACCCGCCCUAUGCGGUUCCUUAGCCAGGUUGCAAAGUGAGGCCUCGUAAAAUGACGUCUUCUUUCAAUUUGAAAAUGUUUAAGCAUCCCAAACCAAGUAAAAUGAAAUGGGGUGUACGAAAAAGGAGGAAAAAGAAGGUUACAACAGGUCAACGUGUGAGGAAUUAGUGGGAUGUGAAUUUUGAUUGAGCUUGAUAUUUUCCAUUUUCAUUGUUUGUGCCUCAAUUUGAUCAAGGAAUUUUGAUGCUGAAGGAGUUUGUUAUUGGUGAUUGUGCCUGAUAAUGGAAGCAGGAGGAUCUUCAAAGAAGAUUAAAGCUAAGAAAAUAUGUUUCAAUGGCCUCAUUGAUCAUUUGUUUUCUUGGACUUUGGAAGACAUUUUGUAUGAUGAUUUCUAUAGAGACAAGGUGCAAAAUAUUCCAGAAUCGUUUAAGUCAGUGCAUCAAUAUCUUGGGUCCUAUCUCUUUCCUUUAUUAGAAGAAACAAGAGCAGAACUGUCUUCAGGUUUGAAGGCGAUUCAUAAAGCACCUUUUGCUCGAAUGGUGUCUAUUGAGGAGCCAAAAUCUAGUGGUAAAUUGUUACUAAAUGUCAAGCUUGAUGUUUGGAAAAAUACAGCAAACAAUAGUGGUAAGGAGCCUUAUAGAACACUGCCUGGGGAUAUCUUUCUCAUAUUGGAUGAUAAGCCGGAAACUGAUAUGAAUUUGCAAUGCUCAACAAGGACCUGGGCUUUUGCUUCGGUUAACAAAAUCACUGACACUGGAUGCUCUACUAAUCUGAAACUAAAUGUAUCCAAAAAUAUCAGCGGUGAACAUGGCAUGCAGAAAGAAUUCUUUAUCGUUUUUCUGAUGAAUGUCACUACUAACUUGAGAAUAUGGAACUCAUUACACUUUUCUGAAGAUGUGAAGAUUGUCAAGCAUGUACUGAGCAAAAGCUCAAUGGGUGAUGAAAUUUGUAGCAAAUGCUCUUUGUAUAAUAAUGUUAUCUGUGCUGAAAAAUUGAGGACAAGCUUAUCUUCUGUGUUGAAUGAUUCUCAAAAAGCAGCAGUGCUAUGUUGUGUCUGCAAGGCACUUUGUGAACAUAAGCCUUCGGUGGAGCUUAUAUGGGGUCCACCUGGUACAGGGAAAACUAAAACUAUAAGUUUCUUGCUAUGGGCAAUUUUGGAAAUGAAGCAAAGGGUUCUUGCUUGUGCACCAACAAAUGUUGCUAUUACAGAAUUGGCUUCUCGAGUUGUAAAGUUGUUGAGGGAAUCAUCCAGAGAAGGAGGGGUGCUAUGCUCCUUGGGAGAUGUGCUCUUAUUUGGGAAUAAGGAUCGGCUGAAAGUUGGCUCUGAACUUGAAGAAAUAUAUUCAGAUUAUCGUGUUGACAGGCUUCUUGAGUGUUUUGGACAAUCUGGUUGGAAGUCUCAUAUUACUUCUCUGAUAAAUCUUCUUGAAAGUACUAAUUCUGAGUAUCACAUGUUUUUGGAGUCUAAUGUAAACAUGAGUAGAAGGGACAAGAAGACAGGAGAUAAUGCGGUUGCAGCCACUUCAUUCCUUAGGUUCAUAAGGGAAAAAUUUAAUACUACUGCUGUGGCACUCCGUGGAUGUCUUCAAACUUUGAUAACGCAUAUUCCCAAGCAUUUCAUCCUGGAGCAUAAUUUUCAGAAUAUAGUGAUCCUUCUGAACUUGGUUGAUUCAUUUGGGAUGCUUCUGUCCCAGGAAAAUAUAACCUCGACGCAAAUGGAGGUUCUGUUUUCAAGUCUUGAUGUAUUCAUGGAGUUUCCAAAUUCGUCAGUGGAAGCAACUUUUUUACAUUUGAGGAACCAGUGCCUCUCAAUUCUCAGAUUUCUUCAGGCUUCUCUAGAUCAACUUCAACUCCCAACUACAGCAAAUAAAAAAUCUGUGAAGGAGUUCUGUUUCCAGAGGGCUUCUCUGAUACUUUGCACUGCUUCCAGUUCAUUCCAGUUGAACUUCAUGAAAAUGGACCCAGUGAAAUUGCUAGUUAUUGAUGAAGCUGCACAGUUGAAAGAAUGUGAAUCGAUGGUGCCAUUACAGCUUCCUGGAAUAAAGCAUGCUAUUCUCAUUGGCGAUGAGUGCCAAUUGCCAGCAAUAGUUAGUAGCCAAGUUUGUGAUGCAGCGGGAUAUGGUCGAAGUCUUUUUGAACGGCUGAGUUUAUUGGGACAUUCAAAGCAUUUGCUCAACACACAAUACAGAAUGCAUCCAUCAAUAAGCUACUUUCCAAAUUCCAAAUUUUACAGCAAUCAAAUUACAGAUGCUCCUCUUGUCAUGGAUGAAGUAUACAAGAAGCGUUAUAUUCCUAGUCCAAUGUUUGGUCCAUAUACCUUCAUAAAUGUUUCUGUUGGCAAAGAAGAAGGGGAUGAUGAUGGACGUAGCAAGAAGAAUGCGUUAGAGGUAGCUGUUGUGAUCAAAAUAAUUGAAAAACUUUACAAAGCAUGGAGGAGUGUCAAGACAAGGCUCAGCAUUGGUGUAAUCUCUUUCUAUGCUGCACAAGUUACAGCGAUUCAGGGCAGGCUUGGACAGAAAUAUGAGAAGAGGGACGGUUUUACUGUAAAAGUGAAGUCUGUGGAUGGUUUCCAAGGAGGUGAAGAGGAUGUGAUCAUAUUAUCCACUGUCAGAUCCAACAGGAGAAAAAAGAUUGGGUUUAUCUCCAAUUCACAGAGAAUCAAUGUUGCUUUAACAAGAGCUAGGCACUGUCUUUGGAUUGUGGGAGAUGCAACGACAUUAGGAAAUAGUAAUUCUGAAUGGGAAGCUGUAGUUUCUGAUGCCAAGGAUCGUCAAUGUUAUUUUAAUGCUGAGGAAGACAAAGACUUGGCUGAUGCUAUAAUAGAGGUCAAGAAAGUCCUCCUUGAGCUUGAUGAUUUACUCAACAAGGAUAGUGUACUGUUUAAAAUGGUUCAGUGGAAGGUUCUUCUAAGUGAUUCCUUUAGGGCAUCAUUCCAGAAAGUGGUCUCAGUCAACCAGAAGAAGUCAAUUAUUGUCCUUUUGUUGAGGCUUUCCUGUGGCUGGCGCCCAGAAACUAAGAACUUCCCGAAUCCUAAAUGUUCUGACAUAAUAAAAUGUGUUAAAGUUGAAGGUCUGUACAUUAUAUAUUCGUUAGAUAUUGAGAAGGGUUCAAAGUACAAACAAGUUCUAAAGAUAUGGGAUAUCAAACCUUUGACGGAUGUAAAAGGAGUAGUUGAUUGCCUUUCCAACAUACAUGAGCUGUAUACCGAUGAAUUUCUAAAUCUAUGUAUGGCAAGUUCUCAUAAAGGGGAUCUUGAGCUUCCAAUCACGUGGAGUGCUUCUCAUGAUAUUGUUGUCUAUAAGGAUCACAUCAAAGCUGAGCUCGAUGCCAUAUUAAGUCAGGAUGACAGUGAUGACACUAAGAAUGUAACUCUGAAAAAGAAUUUGCUGCAGAUGAAGUUCCAAUCUUUAUCCUAUCAAAAAGCGAAACUCUUGCUUUCAAGCCAUGAUAGUAAAGAAUUGGAUCUCCCAUGUCAAGUGGAAGAUGAACAAUUGGAUAUAAUUCUUUUUCCUACCAGUGCUUUCGUAAUGGGAAGGCCUGGUUCGGAAAAAACUGCAGCUUUAACAAUAAAGCUGUUUAUGAGAGAAAAACAGCAGUUGAUCCAUCCAAAGGGAUGUAACGAGGUAAUGAGACAAAAUGCAGAAGUAUGUUACAUAAAUGAGGGUGGUGAGGAAUGUAAAAAGAUUGAUAGGACUGUACUGCGACAGCUUUUCAUCACAGUCACUCUUAAACAAUGCCUUGCUGUAAAGGAGCACCUUUUGUACUUGUCAAGAAUUUCUGAUGGUGGGAACAUAUUAGAAGAGAACCAAAGUUUUAAUAGGGUUGACGUUCUGGAUAUGGAUGAUGCUCAAGAUCUUUUGAAUGUUCCAAACAGCUUUGAUGGUAUUCCAUUCAACUCAUAUCCUCUUGUGAUGACAUUUCGAAAGUUUUUGAUGAUGCUUGAUAGAACUGUGGGAGAUUCAUACUUCUUUAGAUUCCAGAAACAGUGGAAACUUAGUUGUGGCAAGCCCAGAGAUCCCUUGUCAACUGCUGGCUAUAAUUUUAUAGUAUCAAAAGAAGUAUCUGUUAAAAGUUUUGCUUCUUCUUACUGGUCCUAUUUCAAUGGCCAUCUAACCAAAAAGCUUGAUGCUGUUGUCGUUUUCAAUGAAAUCAUUUCCCAGAUAAAAGGUGGAUUAGGAGCAAAGGAAGCUCUUGAUGGUAGAGUUAGUAAGCUAGACUAUACUCGACCUGCAAAGGGUCGGUCCACAUUAAGUAGGAAGCAAAGAGAAAGAAUUUAUGAUAUAUUUUUAGAUUAUGAAAAGAUGAAGAAAGAAAAAGGGGAAUAUGACUUGGCUGAUCUAGUCAGUGAUCUUCACCAUCGGUUGAAAGGUUUUCAAUAUACAGGUGACCAAAUGGAUUUUGUAUAUGUGGAUGAAGCGCAAGCUCUUACUAUGAUGGAAAUUACUCUUUUGAAAUACCUGUGUGGAAAUGUUGGUUCAGGCUUUGUUUUUUCAAGUAAUACAGCUCAAACUAUUACCAAGAGUAUUGACUUCAGGUUCCAAGAUAUACGAUUUCUGUUCUACAAGGAAUUCAUAUCAAGAGUAAAAACUGAUGAAAAAGACUUUGAUGUGGGGUUAUUGAAAAUCCCUGACAUUCUUCACAUGAAUCAGAAUUGUCGUACACAACCUAAAAUUCUCCAAUUAGCUAAUAGUGUUACAGAUCUUCUUUUCCGUUUCUUUCCUCAAUGUGUUGAUAUACUGUGCCCUGAAACAAGUGAAAUGAGUUCUGGUAAUUUUGAAACUCCAGUUCUUUUUGAAAAUGGGAAAGGUCAAAAUAUGAUGACGCUAUUAUUUGAAGGGGGAAGAAAUAUGCAUGCAGAUACUUGUGAAGUUGGAGCAAAACAAGUCAUCCUGGUUCGUGAUGAGCAUGCCAGAAAUGAGAUCUCCAAUCUCGUAGGGAAUCAAGCCAUUGUCCUUACAAUUAUGGAGUGUCAGUCCUUGGAAUUUCAGGAUGUUCUGUUGUACAAUUUUUUCAACUCAUCACCUCUGGGACAUCAGUGGAGAGUCAUUUAUCAAUACAUGACCGAGCAAGAUAUGCUUGAAAUUUCUCACAAUUCGCCAAACUUCAAUCAGCCAGUAUGUAUGGGCUUAUGUUGGGAAUUAAAGCUACUCCAUAUCGCAAUUACACGUUCCAGGCAACGAUUAUGGAUUUAUGAAGACAACCAGGACUUUCCCAAUCCGAUGGCUGAUUAUUGGAAAAAGCUGUGUUAUAUUCAAGUGAAAACAUUGGAUUACUCAAUCAUACAAGCAAUGAAGGCCCAAAGCACAAAAGAGGAGUGGAGCUCACUGGGGCUAGAGUUAUUUUCUGAGGGUGUUUAUGGGGCAGCAUCUUUGUGCUUUGAAAGAGCUGAAGACAGGCUUAGAAAAGAAUGGACCAGGGCUGCUUCUCUUCGUGCAACUGCUGCCACAUUGAAUGCUUCAAAUCCUCAAAUGGCUUGUAAUGUCCUUCGGGAAGCUGCAGAAAUUUACAUUUCUAUGGAUCAUGCUGAGGCUGCUGCUAAGUGCUUCCUUGAGUUAAAGGAAUAUAAAACAGCAGCUUAUAUAUAUUUAUCAAAAUGUGGAGAAGCAAAAUUAGAAGAUGCUGGUGAUUGUUAUAUGCUGGCUGAAUGCUACAAAUUAGCGGCUGAGGCAUAUUCAAGGGGUAGAUGCUUCUUUAAGUUCCUGAAUGUCUGCACUGUUGCACAUCUUUUUGAGAUGGCAUUACAAGUGAUCAGCGACUGGAGGAAAUGUGAUGAUGAUGAUCUGAUUGAGAAAUGUGAAGAUAUCAAAAAGGUCUGGCAGGUGUUUCUGGAGAAAGGUGCCCUUCACUAUCACGAACUUGAAGAUGUCCAUUCCAUGAUGAAAUUUGUUAAAAGCUUCGACUCCAUGGUUGACAAAUGUUCAUUUCUCAGAACUUUAGGUCUCUCUGAGAAAAUAUUGUUGCUGGAGGAAGAUGUAGAAGAGUCAAUCGAUAUGAUGAUGAAGAAAGGAGGGAUUUUAUUUGAGAUUAAUUGUUUAGAAAAGGCUGGAAAUUUCAGGGAUGCAUCAUCACUCAUAUUGCAACAUGUGCUUUUCAGUUCUUUGUGGGGAUGUGCAAAAAAAGGUUGGCCACUCAAGUUAUUUAAGCGAAAAGAGAAGCUUUUAAUCAGAGCCAAGAUACUGGCAAUGAAAGAGUCAGACAGUUUCUAUGAUUAUGUUGUUGCUGAAGCCAAUAUCUUAUCAAAUCAGACAAUGAAACUAUUUGAGAUGGAGCAGAGUUGGAGUUCCUCCCACAGGCAUGGAAAUCUGAGAGGUGAAAUUUUGUCUGCUUGGAGAAUCCUUGAUGCUCAUCUUUCUUCCAGUGCCCCCAAAUAUAUAUGGGAAAUUAAAAUAGUGACAAAUUUAAGAGAACAUGUGGAGGAAACAAUUUCCCUAAACCAGGUUUCAGUUCAGACACUAGUUUACUUUUGGAACUUCUGGAAAGAAAAUGUCAUGAGCAUAUUAGAGUAUCUGCAACUCCCUGGAAGCCAAAUCAACGGUGAUUAUGCAAGCUAUGAACAAUUCUGUCUAGAUUACUUGGGUGUAAGGAAGCAGUUAAUUUAUGGGAACAGUAUUUACCAUUUAGUUAACCCUGAAGCUGAAUGGGCUGCGACAGUAUCUUGUGAAGGCAAUGAAAACUUUGUUACCAUCAAUUCUCGAGAGUUCGUCACAGCUGCACAGAGUUAUUGGUUUUCAGAAUUAUCUUCUGUUGGGUUGAAGGUUUUGUCUAAAUUAAAAGAUCUCCAUAUGCUCUCUGUGAGGAACUCUCUCUCAUUUUACUUUCAAGCUUUCACUGCUGUUCAUAUGUUUCAAAUGGCUAAGUUCCUCACAGAAGAUGAUUAUAUCAAGUCAUCUAUCAACUCCAAAAAUCAGAGAAUAAUCUUUGACUCGGGGCAUCUUUCCAUCCAGUUUUUAAGACUGCACCAGACUCCAAAUGUAGAUCUGGCCAAUGAAAUUCAAGCUGUACAUGACAACUCACAAUCAUAUCUCAUGAGUUGUGCACUCCAUUUUCAUAAAAUACAAGAUAGCAGCACGAUGUUAAAGUUUGUCAGGGACUUUCAUUCUAUGGAUUCAAAACGUUCAUUCUUGAAGUCUUUCAACUACUUCAAUGAACUCUUAUCUCUUGAAAUGGAAGCACAAAACGUUUCCGAGGCUCUGGCUAUUGCAGUGUCACAAGGAAACCUUCUUCUUGAAGUUGAUUUGCUAGAAAAGACAGGAAACUAUAAAGACGCAUCGUUGCUUCUUAUGAACUAUAUACAUUCAAACUCGUUAUGGUCUUCUGGAAGCAAAGGUUGGCCAUUAAAGGAGUUCAAGCACAAGCAGAAAUUAUUACAGAAAAUGAUAUCCAUAGCGAAACAUGAUUCAGAAUCAUUUUAUGAAAUGAUUUCUGUAGAGGUUAAUAUCUUAUCAUGCAAAGUAAGUGGCUUGGAUGAGAUGGAACAGAGUCUAACCGCUUCGGAGGGCAGUAAAAAUUUCAGAGGUAUAAUUCUUUCUACUUGGAAGAUUUUAGAUGCUCAUCUUAAGCUCAAUGUGUCAAAUUACAUGUGGGAAGAUGUAAUAGAGAGUGAGCUAGAAAGGCAUUCAAAAGACACCAUCUCCAAAAAUCAGGUGUCUUUUCAAACACUAGUUUACUUCUGGAAUCUCUGGAAGGAUAGUCUCUUUGGCGUACUAAACUAUCUAUGUUCUAUUGACAUUGAUGAUGUUGAUGAUUACUGUGAGAGUCAACAGGAUUUUUGUUUGUCUCACUUUGGUGUAAGGAGGCAAUACAAUAAUAAAAAAGCACACUACUUUUUGCUCAAUCCUGGUGCUGAUUGGGUAAGAGAAGUGGUCAAUGGGUCCCUGCACAAUAAUGGUGGUUUAGUUAGCAUUGCUGCUUGCCAGUUUACAUCUGCUGGUUGGAGAUACUGGAGUUCAGAAGUGCUGUCAGUUGGAAUGAAGGUUUUGGAAAAAUUGAAGGCUCUUUUUUCUUUCUCUGGCACUGCCUCUAGCGUCUCUGAAAUGUGUCAAAGUAUGAUAGCCAUUAAUUUCUGUGAAGUUGAAAAUUUUCUCAAGAAUUCGCAGUUUCUAAAAUGUGCCACUGGAACAUUUUUGCAAAAUUUUACCAGUGUUAGGCUGCAGUUCGUCUUGUGCUGCAAACAACAUCUGGGAAAAGGUAGUUCAGCCGGUAAUGUUCAAGAGUUGGAAUAUUUGAAAUCUACUUUUUUAAGGAAAUGUGCACUUCACUAUCAUAGGCUUCAAGACAAAAGAACAAUGCUGAAAUAUGUUAAAGCUUUUCAUUCCAUGGAUUCAAAACGUGUAUUUUUGAAGUCUUUGGCCUGCUUUGAUGAGCUUUUAUCAUUGGAAGAAAUAUCAGGAAAUUUUACAGAGGCCGCUCUGAUUGCAAGGCUGAAAGGGGAUCUUUUGCUUGAAGUUGAUUUAUUAGAGAAGUCUGGCCAACUUGAAGAAGCUGUGGAACUAAUCCUCUUCUAUGUUCUCGCCAGCUCUCUAUGGAAAACCCAAAGCAAAGGAUGGCCCUUGAAGCAGUUUAAACAAAAGGAGGAACUUCUAUCAAAAGCAAAAUCAAUUGCAAGCCUCAAUUGUGAUGUAUUCUACAGAAAUGUUUCUUUAGAGACUGAUAUAUUAUCUGAUGGAAUAUAUAGCUUGUUAGAUAUGAAACAUCACUUGAGCAGUUCCCGGGAAAAUAAGAACAUCUGUUGUGAAAUAUUAUCAACUCGACGAGUUCUUGAUGCUCACCUUUGUUCAAACCUCUCAUCAUAUGACUGGGAAGAUGACAUAGUGAGUGAUCCCUUGAGGCAUGCAGAGAAUAAAAUCUCUCAGAGCCAGAUUUCCAUUGAAACCCUUUCCCACUUUUGGAACCUCUGGAAGGAUAAGAUCACAGGCAUAAUUAAAUAUCUCGAGUCUCUUGGUACAAAAAAUGUUGAUGACUUCAUAAUUUACGAGGGGUUCUGUUUGAAAUACUUGGGUAUGAGGAAGCAUUUUGACCAUCAGAACACUUACCAGUUAUCUUUUACUGAUGCUGAUUGGAUAAUUCAUAGUAACCUUCAAUCUGUUCAGACAAAUGGAGAGAUGAUGAGCAUGGAUGUUCAACAAUUCGCUCUUGCUGCUAGAAGUUAUUGGAGCACAGAGUUAAUUUCUGUUGGUAUGAAAGUUUUGGAAUUCUUAAGCAACAUCCACAGAUUCUCUGUCAUGCAUUCCUUUUCCAAAUUUCGUCAAAGUUCUGCUGCCAUUGCUAUUGUCGAUAUUGCAAACUUUCUGUUAUCUUCUAAUCUUGCCAGAUUGCCUGAUGAUGACAAACAAUUGCAUGAUUAUCUUGAAUCAUAUACUGACCAUUUCUUUGAUAAUAUGUUUGGUGCUUGUUGGACUGAUCCCAUGACUAAAAGUAUGAUUACUUUAAGAGAAUCUGGACUGUCUAGGAGUGUCACUGAAGCAUUCAUAUUGAAAACCAUUAAUUCAAAGGGUCAGUUAUCAUAUGAAAAAAUUGGAAAGGUGGUGAUAGCACUUUUAGGUUCUGGGAAGCUAAUUUCUGGAUUGUAUGAUAAGAUUGCUGGAAGAUGCAAUGCGAAAUUACAUUGGAAGGCAGUAAUUGAUGCAUUGAAAAGACACGUGAUAGCUUCACAAACUUCAGAGAGUUCAGUGGCUAGAAAAGUUAUUGAGGCUUCUGGAGAAAGUGAACUGAUCAAUCAGUUGCAUGAGGCUUUGAUGCUUACUUUUGUUAACUGGAAGAAAGAGUUUGAAUUUAUGACACCUAAUUGUUUCUUGUAUAUAGUGGAGCGUCAAUUUGUCUUGGUGUCAAUGUCUCAAAGAUGCUUCUAUACCACUCGAUCUUCAUUCAUUGAGUGGCUCAUUUGUGAGGAGUGGUCUAGUAGGCAAGUACAACGCAUGGUGAAUACCGAAAUAUCUUCUGAACACUUAUUUGACUCUAUAGUAAACAUGGUUCAUGAGCUUCUCUUCAAUAACUGUGGUGCAAGGGAAUGGAUAAAGAGAUCCAACAUCAACUCAAAGGAAUACUAUCCCAUUUUUCUGUUGCGACUGGUCAUUAUACUGUGUUUACUUUCUGCCAAUUUGGGGAAGUAUUAUAGCAUGCUGUAUGAUUUUGUUCGUAAACCUGAUAUGCAUUCGCAGUUACCUGAGGCAUUCUCUAAGAUUUUUAGGCAAAGAAGGAAGCAGAACCAUCAUUUCCUGAAUUAUAUGGCAGAAGCAGUUUGGAAGAUAAGGAAUCCUCUUGUGAAAGUCUGUUUUAAAGAUGUUUGCGAGAAACCCGUUCCUCCAGCAAUCAUUUUGAUUAGAAUGAAUAAAAUUGGCAAGAAGGAUGAUAUACGGAAACUGCUGUUUGCAAAGAAUCUCACUUAUAAUCACAAUUGUGGGUCGUCUUCUCCUUCUGCCAGCCAGAAAGCUGAGUCUAUCAAUGGUUCUACUUCGUUGAACUCUAAGACCUUGCAAGUUCUGGAUUGUGCCAACGAGGAUGAGGAUGAGAACAUUGAUGCUGUAUCAAUCACCAUCAAACAGAACUCGAGUGAAGUGUCUGAUUCAAUGAACUCAGAAAAACAGACUCGUAUGGUCAAUCCGAAGGGCUGCAAGAGGAAUGCUUUAAAGAAGAUGAAGUUAAAGAAAAAAGUUCAUUGCAUAAAUGCUUCAGUGCCCAAAUCUAAACAGACAAGCUCUUUUGAGAAAGAGACCAAACUUUUUCGAGUGAAAAACGUACUUGAUGAACUGAAGAAGUCUCCUGCAGUAAAUAUGAGUGAUCCUGAAGUUGUUACAACUAUUGAAGAACUUUCCCGAAAGUUGGAGUGCAGAGUACAAGAGAAAAACACGUCAAACAUGGUUGCGAAUACAAGCCAAAGCACCAAGCUUUCAUCUGCUUACAGAAGGAAGAGAAGAACAAUAAAAAGGAAAAGCAAAGAGAAUGAGACGACGAGUGUUGACAAUAAGAUCCCAAAAGCUAAAGGCUCUUCACAAGUGUUUUAUUUUCAGCAGAAGUUCAAGUCAGAAACCGCAUCUCAUACAAAUAUUAAGGAUAAGAAGAAGAUAGUUGCUAACGCGACUUCACAAGGGUUGCAGUUUCAACCAAAUCUUGAUUCAGUGCAUAAGGGAAAAACAUGUCAAAAUGCUACAAAGACCAAGGAUAAGAUGAAAGUUGCUGAUAACAUGUCAACAGCUAAAUGGUCUUCACAAGGGUUGAAGUUUCAACCUAACAUCGAGUUGGUACAGAAGGUACCAACAUCCCAAAAUGAUACAGAGACAAAGGCAACAGUACCGCAAAAUGUUACGAAUGCAAAGGAAAAAAUGAAAGUAGGUAAUAACAUGUCAACAGCCAAACGGUCUUCACAAGGAUUGCAGGUUCAACCAAAGUAUGAGCCAAUGUGCAGGGAGAAAGCAUCACAAAAUGGUUUGAAGAUGGUGGAUAAGAUGAAAGUUCCCCAUGUCCACGUUGUGUCAACAGCUAAAGAAUCUUCUAACAAGUCGCAUUGUACGCCAAAGCUCGUGUCAGCUAAAAAAGAAACUGCUGCCAAAUAUGUUGUGAAGACUGAGAAAAGCACAACGAACAUUGUCAACAAAGAGGGAGAGUCUGCACAAAAGUUGCAAAGCAGGCAGAACCUCAAACAUGUACAAAAAGAAACAUCAAGCUCGAGCAAUACGAAAGUGAAGAAAGACAAGACGAAAGUCUUCUCAGAAGCUAAAGAGCCAUCACAGCAGUUGCAACUUGAACAGAGAAGCUAAAACAGAAGGAUGUGAAAGCUGAGAAGGGGAAACAGAAAGUAGCUGAUCACAAGCCAAAAGCCAAGCACAAUGAGAAAAACUAACAGAGACAACGGUACGAAGUACAAUGUUGAAGAGCAUUUGUGUAGAGGUUUUAUGUAGAAGUAGAUGAGAUAGGGGCCUCAAAUUGAUCAGUUUUACGCUCUCUGAUUCCGUUACUCGUGUUACUCGUUCUUCUAUAUACAUGUAUGUACGUAUAUGUGAACUUUGAUUCUAUUGAUAUAAUGUAAAUAGGCCAGGUAGCUUUGAUAUUGGCCAUGUAAACACUUGAGAAUUGAAUAUUCUUGGUUGUGUGGGCAUAUCCAACAUGCUAAAUGUGGCCGUUUCUCAUGUUGCGGUUCGCCUCUGGGAUGGGAUGGAUAUUAGACUACUCUUUCAAUCAGUCUGUUCAUAAUAGACUCAUAAUACGAUUUGUAUAAGAUCACAGCACUGUUAUGGAUGGA